GGCCCGCGCGCUGUGCCGGCCUGUCCUGCCGGGCAGCGCGGACAAAGUGCGGCGGUGAAACCCCGUCCGCCCUUCGCCGCUGCCCUUGGGGGGAUCGCGGCUCUGCCCUGGAAACUCCCGCCCGUUCGGAUGGGACACGUUAAAACGCGUCCCAGGGCUGGGCAUCACACGGGUUUGCCUUUAGAGCGGGCUGUCUGCUCAGGAGACUGGCACUGCUGCAGCUUCUGUGCACUCAUAUAUGUGUGUGUGUAUAGAUAUGUAAAUAAAUAUAUAUUCUUGGUGUGCAGGGCCAGGAGUUGGACUUUGAUGAUCCCAUCUGGUCCCUUCCAACUUAUGUGAUAUAUAUAUAUUUAUAGUGCUGGGACCGGAACCCUCAGUCAUUCCCAGUGAGGAGGAGCUGCCUGUGAGCUCACUGGGGGAGGAGCUCCAUCCUGCCGUCCAUGGAUCUCUGAUCUUUAAAAUUUAACUUGGCUGCUCUGUGUUAAUGAAGGGAAUGAGAUAAUCCCUUGGAGGAUGAGGAGCCAGCACGUGGAAAAUCCGGUCUCUAACUUUGGCCGUGGCUGGUGCAGAGCAUUAGGAUUACAGUGCUGCUGAUAUUGUAAUUAAACAAGACAGGCUUGAUCCGGGGGGCUGGGAUGAAGCAUUCCCAAGUAGAGGUUUGCCUGUGCUUGAUUAUUGGUUGUAUCAUUAGGGAAAACAGAGAACUCCUGGCAAAUACAGUGUCCUGGCACCCUGUGCUGGAUAUUGAAACGUUUCCCUGGAGAAGGAAGUGUGGGAGCAGCUCUCUGACAGGCCCACAGGCAUUUGGGGCAGAAAUGAAGUAUCCAGUGCAGAACUGAAAGGAGACACAUGACAGACACCAGCAUGUUCAGGAAGAAUAUUUACUUGCUUUUAUUCUGGCAGGCUGGGAGAAACUGUUAGUAAAUGGGCAAAGGAUGGAGCUGAAACGGCAGCAGUAACCACAGCAACUGUUCCAGGGAGUCUGGGACUACAUUCUGUCAGCAUUCCUUGGAAAACUGAGAGAGCCUGAGGGGGUUUGUUGCUUUAGACUUUGAAAAUUAAAGUUCCAGGCUGUGUUUUCUUUCCCUAAUGUAGCAGGUACUUGUUCAGUCAUGACAUGAAUCAAAGACCUUGUUACAGUAACAGUAAGAAUUCUUCCCUUGUUGAUCCUGGGAGAAGCAGGGUGAGGGAAAAGGAGGUGCUGGAGCUGCUGUUUUAUUCCAGCACUGUGUUCAUGUGUGUAGGGAAAGGGCCAAGGAACGAGCAGCAGCAGGAGGGUGGAGGCGCUGGGAAAUCUGCUGGUGGUUCCCAAAAUACAGGAGGAAUAUCUUUGAAUAUAUAAGUUCUUUAUGGAAGAAACUAAGCCCUGUGAGGGUCGUGAGGCUCCCCCAUCCCUGGAAGUGUUUGAGGCCAGGUUUGAUGGGGCUGGGAGGGGGUGGAACUGGGUGGGCUUUAAGGUCCCUCCUGACCCAAACCAUUCCAUGAUUCUAUGGAAAUAAGAGGAAAGGGAAGAGAUAUGAGGAAUGGUGUGUAGUGGGGGAAGGAGAGAGCUUCAGUUAGCUCUGCUGGAUUCUUGAAAUGUAGUUUGGUUUUACACCCAAACGUUGCAUUUUGGGAGGUUCUGUAGCAGUGACACUCCCCCCACAGGCAGGUGUCUGUAGCCCAGGACAUGCAGACUCCAAGAGCAGGAAGAACAGGUUCAGAGCUCCUGUUGGAGGCACUGAAGGUCAGGACAGAACUGGGAUACUCUGCCCCUCAGUCAGGGUAGAUGUGCUUGAAUUGACCUCUCUGGUUUGUUCCUGUCCCUCAGGAAGCAGCCUGUGAGCCCCUGCCCUGGGGGCAGCAGCUGCUUUGCUGUGCAGCCCCUGUAGGAGAACACAGAUGUGCCACCUCAGGACAAUAAUGAGCUGCUCUGUCCCUCUCUGCAGGAGCCAGCCCAGUCCCGUGGCCAUGGAGCAGUACACGGCCAACAGCAACAGCUCCACGGAGCAGAUCGUGGUGCAGGCCGGGCAGAUCCAGCAGCAGCAGCAGGGAGGUGUCACUGCUGUCCAGCUGCAGACUGAGGCCCAGGUGGCAUCGGCCUCAGGCCAGCAAGUCCAGACCCUGCAGGUAGUGCAGGGGCAGCCGCUGAUGGUCCAGGUGAGCGGCGGGCAGCUCAUCACCUCCACGGGGCAGCCCAUCAUGGUGCAGGCCGUGCCCGGCGGGCAGGGCCAGACCAUCAUGCAGGUCCCGGUGUCGGGCACGCAGGGGCUGCAGCAGAUUCAGUUGGUCCAGCCAGGUCAGAUUCAGAUUCAAGGUGGGCAGGCUGUGCAGGUACAGGGGCAGCAGGGCCAGACCCAGCAGAUCAUUAUACAGCAGCCCCAGACUGCAGUUACUGCUGGCCAGACACAGACCCAGCAACAAAUAGCAGUGCAAGGCCAGCAGGUCGCCCAGGCUGCUGAGGGCCAGACCAUCGUGUACCAGCCCGUCAACGCCGACGGCACCAUCCUGCAGCAAGUUACAGUCCCUGUUACAGGCAUGAUCACCAUUCCAGCAGCCAGCCUGGCUGGAGCACAGAUUGUCCAGACAGGAGCCAACACCAACACCACCAGCAGUGGCCAAGGGACAGUCACAGUGACACUGCCAGUGGCUGGAAACGUUGUCAAUUCAGGGGGAAUGGUCAUGAUGGUGCCUGGAGCUGGGUCAGUCCCAGCCAUCCAGAGAAUCCCUUUGCCUGGGGCAGAGAUGCUGGAGGAGGAGCCCCUGUAUGUGAAUGCCAAGCAGUACCACCGCAUCCUGAAGAGGAGACAGGCACGGGCUAAGCUGGAAGCAGAGGGAAAAAUUCCCAAGGAAAGAAGGAAAUACCUGCACGAGUCCCGGCACCGGCACGCCAUGGCCAGGAAACGGGGCGAGGGGGGACGCUUCUUCUCCCCCAAGGAAAAGGACAGCCCUCACAUGCAGGAUCCCACUCAGACCAACGAAGAAGCGAUGACACAGAUGAUCAGAGUAUCCUAACCACUGCUUCCAGGAGAAAAGCACCUGGAUGGAAUUCCCAGACCUCCUGCCAGUCUGUCCUGCCUGUCCAGUGUGUCCAGCGAGUCUUUGAGUGGGACAAUCACCCUGUCACAGCCUGUCCUUUUCUAUAGAACAAGCACCACGUGUUCAGGGCGUGGUUGAGAUUUUAACAACAGAAACUUCCAGACUUCCUUGGUGCACUCUCCUGAUCCAGCCCAGGGAAUGUGGAGUCUCACUGCUCGUCAGCUGCACCACAGGACUGUGUUUGCCCAGCAGAGACUUAUUUCCAUCCACUCCUGACACCUUUGGACUUCGUUUCCCUGAACUGGUCCCUGUUGUUGCACUUCUGGACCUGGCAGAAACUGAAGGGGAUUCUUUUCAGUUCCACCUUGUAAAUGUGUAAAACAACAAGCUCUUCUCGGGGAAAGGUUCAGCCAUCCAGUCAAUGAUAGAAAUACUCAAGAUUACUGCAGGACUUGGUGUAUUGUGUGUCUGUUCCAAGAACUGAGGUGGGAGAGGGUGAUGUGGGGAGAAGGAUUUCAUUAGUAAAAGCAAUCUCUGGGGGGUUUUUAUAUGUUUAUUGCCAGUAGUUGUUGCUUUGGAAGAAAACUGGAUGCGAGUAUAAAAGUGAUUUAAACUUUUAAGUGAGUCUCUUCCAAAGGGUUUUUUGUUUUAAACCUUCCCUCUAACCUGCCAGUCGAGUGCAGAGUUCCUCCAGAAGACAUCAAAUCCUCAGUCUCAGAGUGUUGGCACUUGAUCAGCUUCAUGAUGGUAUUUCUUGAUGCCCAGAUCCAAUCUACAAUUCUACAGAGUGAGGGAUGUUCCAUUACAGCAGCAGCUGGGGCAGCUCAUCUCAUCCUGAGGUACCUGAAGGACUGUUAACAAAUGAAGGCAGAUACUGAAGAACCUUUCAGGCUUUAUUAUAGGUUAUUCUCUUUAAAACAAAAAAAGAAGUGGCACUUAAUGAAAGAGGAGUACUUAGUUUUAAAAAAAGGGACUUUUUCAUGACCUACAGCUGGCUUUGGGCUGAGCAACUCCACAAACAGCUUUAGCUUUAAUUCUGUAGCUCACUCCAGAUUCUCAGCCUGCUCCAUUUUUUCUGCUUUGAAAUGUGGUGAUAGGAGCAGUAGCCAAAAGCAGUUACAGGUGAAUCUCACAUCAUUCCAUGCCUGUCCUCCCCCACCUUAGUGAGUUUAAAGCUGCUCUGUGUAUCAGGUGCCUGCUGGAGUUCUCAGAUCUUCCAGUUUUUGUGUUCUGUGGUUAAAACUGGAUCACGGUGGUGAAACUUGGGAUUGGGGAUAUUGCCAGGUAAAUAUGAGCCUGGGCAGGUGAAGCUGCAGAGUGAGGGGUUUGGGGGUUUUUGAGCAAAGCAGCCAAGGGUGGCUGAGACUGGGUGAAGUGCAGUGAACGUUGUUUUCAAGUGGAAAAGGAAGUAAAUGCAGCUUGAAAAAUAAACCCCACGUUAUUUCUUUCCCGUCCCCGCCCACAUUUUCCCAGUUACUGGAAGCUUAUGACUAAAGACAAAGUGGAGGACAAAUUAGCAAGUUGUGGAUACAAAAGACAGAGCCUUGAAAAUUCUAUUGACUUCGCAUAAAAGAAAAGUACUAAAGCUAAGAAGGAAGUGAGGGAAUGCAAGAGGAGGGAGCAGAAAUGUGGAGAAAUGCUGGAUGCUACAUUGUCUGCAGGCAGUCCUGGAGGAAGAGGAUGCCUGUCCAGGUACUAGGGGUGACUCCACCUGUGGAAGCAGGUGCCAGUGGAGGAGGAAAUGCAGGUGGGUGUUCAUCAUUGGGCAGCUGGAUGUUCUGAAGGAUUCCAGUUCAUUUUUCUGAAUUCUUAGCUCUGUGUGCCCUCCCCACGGUGUUGAUGGCAUCGUUGGGGCCUUGGGUGCUUCUGCCUUAAAUUCUUGCCCAAUUCCAGUGUGGUGCUGAUUUUCCUCACUUGGCACCUGAAACCCUCACACAGCAUUUCCUGGGAGCUCCCCCAUUUCAGGAACAUGCAGCUCCCUUAGGGAGUAACAUAUGCUUUAGGUGGGUUUGCAGCAGCAUUGUAAAUAUUUUUUUUAGAGCAUCUGUACAUUUUGUUGGUGGAAUAUUUUAGUGCUGGAAUAAGAGCCUCUCCAUGAUGUUUCUGCUGUUUAGCUGAUGGUUAAUCUCUGUCCUGAGGGAGCCCCUCUGAGAGCUGGAAAUUUGGGAAGCAAGGUUAUUGCUCUGACAUAGUUUUUGUUUUGUUUUGGGUUUUUUUUAAGGAGUAAUUACUUUUCUUAAAGAACUUGUAAGCUUCUUCUAAACAGGUAGAACUUGUUUCCCAAUAGGCCCUUCAUAUCUAGGUUCUCUGAUCCAUUGUUGUAGAAUGUGUAUGAAGACAUGGAUUUGUGUUAUAGAAAGUCUUACUGUAGAUACUUUAAAUAGUGAUGUGACAGCCUGAGUGCUCUGGUCAGAUUUUUGUUUGUUUUGGGUUAUGUGUAUCACUGCUAAAAGUCCUGUUUACUUGGUGAGACUGGAGUCACUGGUCAACACCACGGUACCAAAAAUGUCUGUUUUCUUUUCUGGGGGGAAAUUUGUUAAAUUGGAGACAUAUCCAGUUCAAAUCUGUCUAGUAAUUAAAUGAGAAUUCUUUGUUUAUUGGCUACACUUGAGCAGAAACUUCAGGAGAGAGUAAAAGGGUGAGGAUAAAAGAGGCUUGGGGAGAAAUGUGGUUGAUUGACCCAGAGCACCGAAGCAGUGAACCCCUCAAAAACCAGAUUUAUAUGAGUGUAAAGAGUGGGAUUUGGAAAAAAAUGGUUCUCAAGUGAUGCUAGAUGGGUUUAAGGCCCUGCAUGUUAAAAAGAAGGGAAAAAUAAACUUUUCUUUGUGAAUGGACAGGGGAGGGUCCUGAGGUUGAAGUAAUGUCAGGCAAAGUUUGUAUAUAGUUAAAAGUUUAUAAUUUUUUUUAUAUGAUGCAUUUUUUCAAGUGUAUUUUGGUCUUUAAUAGAUGCAAUUGUAAGUACUGUGUACACUCUCCAGCUAAUAAAAUUUAUAAACCGGGAA